CAUGGAUCAUCAGCCUCAUCAGACGAGUCAUCACGGGUCGUCACUUCCAAGAGUGCCCAUGGAUCAUCAGCCUCAUCAGACGAGUCAUCACGGGUCGUCACUUCAAAGAGUGCCCAUGGAUCAUCAGCCUCAUCAGACGAGUCAUCACGGGUCGUCACUUCCAAGAGUGCCCAUGGAUCAUCAGCCUCAUCAGACGAGUCAUCACGGGUCGUCACUUCAAAGAGUGCCCAUGGAUCAUCAGCCUCAUCGGUGAUGGCGGUCACCAAUUCGGCGGAUGCCCAUGGAUCAUCAGCCUCCACGGACCAGUCAUCACGGGUCAUUGCUUCAAAGGCUGCCCAUGAAUCAUCAGCCUCGACCAUAGCAGCGGAAGUCACCAAGUCUGGAGCUGCCCAUGAAUCAUCAGCCUCCACGGACCAGUCAUCACGGGUCAUUGCUUCAAAGGCUGCCCAUGAAUCAUCAGCCUCGACCAUAGCAGCGGAGGUCACCAAGUCUGGGGCUGCCCAUGAAUCAUCAGCCUCAACGGACCAGUCAUCACGGGUCAUUGCUUCAAAGGCUGCCCAUGAAUCAUCAGCCUCGACCAUAGCAGCGGAGGUCACCAAGUCUGGGGCUGCCCAUGAAUCAUCAGCCUCGACCAUAGCAGCGGAGGUCACCAAGUCUGGGGCUGCCCAUGAAUCAUCAGCCUCCACGGACCAGUCAUCACGGGUCAUUGCUUCAAAGGCUGCCCAUGAAUCAUCAGCCUCGACCAUAGCAGCGGAGGUCACCAAGUCUGGGGCUGCCCAUGAAACAUCAGCCUCCACGGACCAGUCAUCAUGGGUUGUCACUUCAAAGGCUGCCCAUGCAUCAGCCUCGACCAUAGCAGCGGAGGUCACCAAGCUUGGGGCUGCCCAUGAAACAUCAGCCUCCACGGACCAGUCAUCAUGGGUCGUCACUUCAAAGGCUGCCCAUGCAUCAGCCUCAUCGGUCCUGGCCACUCCGUCAGUGGCCGCACGCGGUGCAGGGCUCACCGCCCGGACGGGCUCGCCACACCGCCUCCCGUUGCACCGGAGACUGGUGAAGACGGGCCCGUCAUCACAGAAGAGAGAGAAGUGGAGGCCGCUGAUGUUGUCCAGCAGCCAGGCCAGUGGGAUGGAAGAGGUGAAGACUGGCUUCCUAAGCGAGGCGCAUUGCACCCUGACGGCCGCGUUGCCGUCUUUCUUGCACAGCUUCGCCAAGGGCACACACAGCUCACCCUCGGCGUGGCAGCCUUGAAUCCCUGCGACGCAAGACCAUCCUUCCACGGGGAGCUUGACGGAGGCGACCGUACGCCUCCUCUUCAGGCAGCAGGUGGAGUCCUUGCACGAGAGCUUGAUGGAGUCCACCAGGAGGAGC